AUGCCGUAUCGCAGUGAAUCUUUUCGCUUGCGACUACCACCUGAUGAAAUAAAGCGAGCAUUUCUCGCUUGUGUUUUCCUCAGUCAAAGCAAUAGUUUUAAAGAAGAAUUAGAAAUCAUACCAAAAAAAAAUCUUCCUCAUCACAAUCAACUUUAUCGAUUAAAUCCUUUCAUCGAUCAAAUGGGGAUAUUGAGAGUCGGUGGACGACUGGCAAAUUCUGCGUUGCCCUAUGAUCAACAUCAUCCUAUCAUCUUACAUGGAAAUAGUCCAUUAGCAGGGUUAAUAAUCGACCAGGCUCACCGAACAGCCUUACAUGGUGGAUUUCAAUUGACUUACUCGAACGCUAUCAAAAGAGCUUGGAUUAUUCGUGGCCGUGUGCGAGUUAAGGCUCAUAUUCGCAAAUGUGUCACAUGUGUUCGACAUAAGGCUCAAAGAUCCGAACAGCUUAUGGGAAAUCUCCCUUCUGAAAGAGUAACUGUUAGUCAUCCCUUUGAGAAAACCGGCGUCGACUAUGCAGGACCUUUUUCUAUAAAACGAAUCACUGGUCGAGGCGCUCGAUCCACCAAGGGUUAUAUGGCACUGUUUGUGUGCUUAAGUUCGAAAGCUGUACAUCUCGAGAUAGUCGGAGACCUAACCACACAAUCGUUUAUUGGAGCCCUUCGGCGAUUGAUUGGACGUCGCGGAACGCCAUGCGAAAUAUGGAGUGACAACGCUACUACUUUCCACGGGGCCGAUGCAGAACUUCGAUCCAUGUUGCAUGACGCUGAAAUUGAUUGGAAUGUCGUUGAAGACACAUUAGCCAACCGAGGAAUUAAAUGGAAAUUUAUACCACCUUCCGCGCCUCAUUUUGGUGGCUUGUGGGAGUCAAAUAUAAAAUCAGCAAAGUCACACAUUAAAAAGAUAAUUGGAACUCGUGCUCUCACAUAUGAAGAAUUGUCCACAUUAGUUGUGGAAAUCGAAGCAUGUAUGAAUUCUCGUCCUCUUCUGCCGAUCUCUGGUGACCCAGAAGAUGUAGAAGCCCUUACUCCGAAUCACGCUUUAGUUGGUAGGGCUCUCUAUUCAUUUCCUGAAGCCUUAAGCACGAAUGAAAACUUAGACUAUGUUACUCGAUGGCGAUUAGUUAAAGCUAUGAGAGAUAUCUUUUGGAGCAGAUGGUCUCGAGAAUAUGUCCAUACACUUCAACAAAGAAAUAAAUGGGCUGAGAAAAAGAAGAAUUUGCAAACUAACGAUUUGGUAUUGAUUCUCGAUCCUUCCUUGUUAAGGCAAGGAAAUUGGCCUCUCGGUCGUGUUACUGAAGUUUUUCCUGGUAAGGAUGGACUCGUUCGUUCUGCUUGUGUUCGUACUGCAUCCGGAACCUACACCCGUCCCAUCGCGAAACUAUGUUUGUUACCAACUUCGACUUGA